CCUUACAUGCCCGACAUAGACCCUCCCAACCGUUUCGCCGGGGAGACCAUCAUCUUCUCUUCUCUGCCUUGUAACAAAAAGAAGAGAGAGAGACGCGUAGAAACAUUUAGAGGCAGAGGAAGAGAGAGCACGCGAGGGAGAGAACAGAACAAAAGCAGAUGCCUUGGCUUCCGGAAGCAGACAGCGGAAAAAAGAGUGAGGAAAACAGAGAAGAAGAGAAGGCUUCGGUUUGGGUGAGGGUUCUGGGCUUUGGUGACAGGGGGGCUACUUCUUCUCUCUGAUUCUCUGUUGGUUCUAAGAAUAGAGCUUCGAUAGUGAACGGGUUCAAAGGGUUUGGAAUGGAGAAUAAAGAUGAUGAAGUAAGGCAGGCACAAGUGGUUGAAGCUCGGGCAAGAAACAUAAGCCAUAAUGUUCGUUGCACGGAGUGUGGGAGUCAGUCAAUUGAAGACUCACAAGCUGAUAUUGCCAUCCUUCUUAGGAAGCUAAUCCGUGAUGAAAUUUGGGCUGGAAAGACUGACAAAGAGAUAUACAAAAAGCUUGAGGAUGAUUUUGGGGAGACAGUGCUUUAUGCCCCAAAAUUUGAUAUGCAGACUGCAGCUUUAUGGCUAUCACCAUAUUGUGUUUGCAAACAGCUUCUAGUUGCAGCAGGAGGUGCGGGAAUAUGGGCUUACCAAAAGCACAGACAAAAGACCAAUGUACAUAUCAUGGCUUUGAACCUUGUUAGAGGUGUUCCGCUGACUCCCAAAGAGAAGCAAACUAUGUUAGACAUCCUCACACCUCCUCCUUCACAAGGACUUACUCCUUCCUUUUGGUGGAGUUGGCGACACCGUUGAGGGGAAGAAGCAGCAGCAGCAGCAGCCAUGGAGAAAUUACUAAAAAAACGCAUGAGAAGCACCCAUUCAAGACAAGGGAUUCCACAAGAUUGUGUCCUAAACACGGCCGAAGCUCGGAGGGAGAUUGUCCAUGCGCUGCAACUCCAUAAAUCAUCAUCUUCAAAACCGACAUCAUCAAAGUCAUCUUCCAUUACGGAGAGUAAGACGAGUAUGUUGACUAAAACCAGCUGCAACUCUGGAAAUAACAACAGUACAUGUUUAGGUAGUUCACAGUACUAUUGCUAUUCGUUGAUAGAGGCUAUGCCUUUUCCAGAACCUAUCUGGUCCACAACUGCAACUUCAGUGCCUGUUGCAGCACCAGCCGUUGAAGCUUUACACCUUAACAACUGGGGAGAAAGCCAAGCCUCUUCUUAUACUUGGUGGUCAAGGUUUCUGAAAUCAAUGGAUAAGGACGAUGAAUCAAGGUACCCAUGUGCAGAAAAUACGUCUGUGUUGCCAGAUUCUUGGGUGGUUUCUCACAAGGAUUGUUCAAAACUUGGAGAGUCAACUGAUUAUCAAGGCUCAUUUGCAGAUGACUGGUUGAUUUUUCCCACCAUCGAAGAUCAUGAAACUCAAAUAACAAACCCUUGAGCCAGCAACUCAGUAAUGGUUUGCGUUGGUCGUGCUUGAUUUUCCUUGUUUUGACCUCGGGGUCUGUUUUUUGUUUUUUGUUUUUUGUUUCUUGGGCUUGUUCUUACAGAUUCAUUGGACUCUGUCUCAUACUCCGAGGUCUUAUAAGGGUUAAGCGUAAUGCUCCAAGCCCAUUGUCUAACAAUCCUCUCUGUAUCUAAUGAAAAUGGCCCAUUUCAGGACUGUUAAAAA